GAUUUAGAUGUCAUCUGUCAAUGUCAAUAUAGUUUGUAAAUAUCAAAAAUGUCGCAAAUCAGCACACGAGAGAAGCUUUUAUAUAUAAUCGACGAUAUUGAACUAAUUUCGAAAGAAUUAAUAGAAAAUGCAAUCGCACCAAAACAACUAAAAUUAAGCGGACCUGAGUAUUCCCAAUUAACCGAUUUGUUAGUUUCGAAAGACAAAGAAUUAAAAGAUACCUUAAAAUUAGCUUCAGAGCAAGCUCAAAUCGAUAAAAAAAUGGAUAUUUUAAAAGCGGAGGUUGAUCGACAAGACCAAGACAUCAACCAAUUGCAAAAGCAAUUAAAAGAAGCCGAACAAAUUCUUUCGACUGCUAUUUACCAAGCUAAUCAAAAAUUACAAAGUAUUAAUCGAGCAAAUAAACGCCCCGUUCCGUCGGAAGAACUUAUUAAAUUUGCGCAUCGUAUCAGUGCAUCAAAUGCUGUUUGCGCCCCUUUAACAUGGCAACAAGGUGAUCCAAGAAGACCUUAUCCAACAGAUAUUGAGAUGAGAUUAGGGUUUUUGGGCCGAUUUAGUGACUCAAAUAAUGGUCAAUUAUUGCAACAACCUAAUCUAAGUGAUAUGCAUCGACAGGGACAACCUGGUGAAAUUCCGGCGUCUAAUCAAAAUCAAUUUGCUUGGCAUCCUUCUGGAGAGAUACACAUGAGUGUAGGGCAAGGAAGUGUUUCGAUGGAAACUAGAAAUCAUAAGCAAGAAAAUGAGGAUGUUGAGGUUAUGUCUACAGAUUCUAGUAGCAGCUCUUCAAGUGAUUCUCAAUAGAAACUUUUUUGAAUAAAAUAAAAAUCUCAAAAGAUAAAAAAGAUUAAUUUUAAUAAACUUAUUAUAAUCAUUAAAUUUUUUUAGUAAUUUUUAGGUUAUGUCUUAAAAUAAGUAUAGUUUUAGAGAUUAAAAAUUGUAAUCAUCUUUAUUUAAUACAAAAUAUUGAUAUUAAAA